GUGGUUCCCUACCUUUUCUAGUGUCUGGUGCUGCCCGCCACCCUCGGCUCAUGCUCCUUUCUCCAUCUCCAGAGCCUGCAGUGGCCGGGAGUGCUUGUCACGUCCCGCCCGUCUCCUGCCGCCCCCCAGGAUUAGCAGGCCGCCGGAUGAUCCAGGCCGGGGUCCGUGUUGGAGAGACUGUGCCGUGAGACGUGCCGGGACCGGUCUACCAUGGGCGAUAUUCUGGCUCACGAGUCGGAAUUACUCGGCAUAGUGAAAGAGUAUUUAGACUUUGCUGAAUUUGAAGACACUUUGAAGACAUUUUCAAAGGAGUGCAAGAUCAAAGGAAAACCGUGUAAAUCAGCAGGUGGAUCUGUGAGAGAUUCCAAAUCAUUGAUAAUUCAGAAGGAUCUCCUGGCGGCCUUUGACAGCGGCGACCAGAAGGUGUUCUUCCACCUGUGGGAGGAGCACGUCCCCAGCUCCGUGCGUGACGGGGACUGCGUGGCCCAGAAGCUGGAGUUCUACCUUCACAUCCAUUUCGCCAUCUACCUCCUGAAGCACGGGCCCGGGAGACCGGACAAGCAGGAGCUGGAUGAAAGGAUCUCUCACUUCAGAAGCUACCUGGAGACCAGAGGGGCAGCGCUGAGCCAGACCACAGAGUUCCUCCCUUUCUACGCCCUGCCCUUCGUCCCCAACCCGAUGGUCCACCCCUCGUUUAAAGACCUCUUCCAGGAUUCCUGGACUCCAGAGUUAAAGCUGAAGUUGGAAAAGUUCCUGGCUUUAAUCUUCAAAGCCAACAGCACGCCCAAGCUUGUCACCAUCUACCAGGAGAACGGACAAAGCAACAAAGAAGUGUUGCAGCAGCUGCACCAGCAGCUGGUGGAAGCCGAGCGCCGGUCAAUGACGUACCUGAAGCGGUACAAUAAGAUCCAGGCCGACUACCACAAUCUCAUCGGAGUCACGGCGGAGCUGGUGGAUUCCCUGGAGGCCACAGUCAGUGGCAAGAUGAUCACCCCCGAGUACCUGCAGAGCGUGUGCGUGCGCCUCUUCAGUAACCAGAUGCGGCAGAGCCUGGCACACAGCGUGGACUUCACGAGGCCUGGGACGGCUUCGACUAUGUUACGGGCCUCCUUGGCACCCGUGAAACUGAAGGAUGUCCCUUUGCUGCCCUCCCUGGACUAUGAGAAACUGAAGAAGGAUUUGAUCUGGGGGAGUGACCGCUUGAAAGCCUUCUUGUUGCAGGCUCUGCGCUGGCGCUUGACCACGUCCCACCCUGGUGAGCAGAGGGAGACGGUUCUGCAGGCCUACAUCAGCAACGACCUCCUGGACUGUCACAGCCACAACCAGAGGAGCGUGCUGCAGCUGCUGAACUCCAAGAGCGAGGCAGUACGCCAGUACAUGGCCAGGCUCAUCAACGCCUUCGCGUCACUCGCCGAAGGGCGCCUGUACCUUGCCCAGAACACGAAGGUGCUGUGGUUGCUGGAGGGGAGGCUGAAGGAGGAGGACAAGGACGUCAUCGCCCGGGAGAACGUCCUCGGGGCCUUGCAGAAGUUCAGCCUCAGGCGUCCGCUGCAGACAGCCAUGAUUCGGGACGGCCUCAUCUUCUGGCUGAUCGACACCCUGAAGGAGCCCGACUGCCUGUCCGACUACACGCUCGAGUACUCCGUGGCUUUGCUGAUGAACCUCUGCCUGCGCAGCGCAGGGAAGAACAUGUGUGCCAAGGUGGCGGGCGUCGUGCUGAAAGUUCUUUCAGAUCUGCUUGGCCACGAGAACCACGAGAUCCAGCCCUACGUGAACGGCGCUCUCUACAGCAUCCUCUCUGUCCCCUCCAUCCGUGAGGAGGCGCGAGCCAUGGGGAUGGAGGACAUCUUGCGCUGCUUCAUCAAAGAAGGCAACGCCGAAAUGAUCCGCCAGAUCGAGUUCAUCAUCAAGCAGCUGAACUCCGAAGAGCUGCUGGAUGGCGUGCUUGAGUCGGACGACGAUGAAGAAGAGGAAGAAGAAGAGGACCACGACGCCAUGGAGGCCGACCUGGACAAGGACGAGCUGAUCCAGCCCCAGCUGGGAGAGCUCUCGGGCGAGAAGCUGCUGACCACGGAGUACCUGGGGGCAGAGUGGACAGUGAGAGAGAGACAGAGAGAAAGGUCUUCCUUUGCUGUUGGUUCACCCUCCAAUGGCCGCCGCGGCCAGCGCCACACCAAUCCGAAGCCAGGAACCAGAUCAUGACCCACACCGGGAAGGCGCGGCGGAAGGGGCCGGCGGGCGUGCAGUGGGGCGGGGACGAGCCCCUGCGCAGGCCGGUCACCCCCGGCGGCCACAGGAGCGGGGGCCCAGCGUGAGUCCGGGCCCAAGGAGGGCAGGAGCUGCUUUUCUUCGGCUUCGUUUUGUUUAACUGCCACGUAAGAUGAUGCACAGAUUUUAAAAUGCAAAAUAAAGCAUUCGUGUUGAAAGCA